AUGCAGAGAGCGCUGUCCCCCGACAUGCUGGGCAAGCGUUGUGAAGCCGAAUUUCCUUGCUGUAAAAGUUUGGCUUGUGUGUUGCAGUGCCGGGAACGUUAUGAAAUUAAUCUGCUGGAACUAAUAAAAAAGAGAAGAGCACGUAUUGGGUAUUCAUUUAAGAAGGAUGAAAUUGAGAACUCCAUUGUGCAUAGAGUCCAUAGCCUCUUCAAACGUGCCACAGGAAAAUGGAAGGAAGAUGUCCAGCUGUGGUUGUCACAUGUCGCAUUUUGCAAGCAGUGGAAUGCAAAACAUCAGCUUAGUAAGGUGUUUUCUUGCAUGUUAGCCAUUCAUCCCAAUAAGCCAGCACUGUGGAUUAUGGCAGCAAAAUGGGAAAUGGAGGCACGUCUCUCGUCAGAAAGCGCUAGGCACUUGUUUCUUCGUGCUUUGCGCUUCCAUCCAGAGUGUUCGAAACUUUAUCAAGAAUAUUUCAGAAUGGAGCUGAUGCAUGCUGAAAAACAGAGGAAAGAAAAGAAAGAAUUUGAACGAGCAAAGAUGGACCUAGGGGAAUUCAAUUACUCUGAGGAGAUUCUUAAUGGGGAAAUGGCUCGCAUCAUUUACAGGGACGCUGCUCAGAAAAUCAAAGAUGUUCAAUUUCAUCUGGCUGUGCUUUCUAUUGCAAAGCUCUUUGAUUUUACCCAAGAUUUGCAAAAAGAAAUUCUUGAAAGUUUGCAGGCCAAGUAUGCUGAUGACCCUCUUACCUGGGACUACAUGGCCCGUCGUGAGCUAGAGCUGGGGUCCGUGCAGUCCGCAGAACAUACUACAAAACAGAUGAAAGUAUCUGAAAUGACUCAGAGAGAGGAACGGUGUUGUGCGGUGUUUGAAGAGGCUGUGGCAGCAGUCCCCACAGAGAACAUGUGGAAAUGCUACAUCACUUUUUGUCUGGAGAGAUAUAACAGGAAAACCAACAGUGAAGAGUUAAAGCAAAAGAGGCUGGAGAGGACAUUGAGCGUGUUCGACAAAGCCCAUGGGUCCAGUUUGCUGCCAGAAGCUCUGUAUAAGCAGUGGCUUCAGCUAUUACUGGAGUCCAGCCUCUGUGAAAAGGCUACAGAGGUGGCAGAAGCUGCAACUAAGCGUUUCAGUCUGUCAGUGGAAGUAUGGCAGAUGAGGCUGCAGGUGCUCAUCCAACUGAAGAGCGACGAUGUGACCCAGCGUUUUGAGGAAGCCCUUAAGCACGUGAAAGCUAAGGGCACCUUGCCAUUAUGGACCCUCUGGGUGGAAUGGAGUGAAGGCACAAAUAGCAAGGAAGACACAGAAGCCCUCUACCAGAGAUCCUUGCGUGCCACAGCUCCUACUGAAUCUGUGACUAUGAAAGAAAAGUAUCUUGACUGGGCCUACAGGAACGGUGGUUAUAAGAAAGUAAAAAGAGUCUUUACCAGCUUGCAUGAAAAUCGUCCAUUUUCACUCAACUUCUUCAGGAAGAUGAUCCAAAUAGAAAAGGAGCAAGAGUCCUGCAAAAUGCCUCAUUUGAGAGAGUACUAUGAACGUGCCUUGCGAGAGUUUGGUUGCACAGAUUCUGAUCUCUGGCUGGAUUAUAUUAAAGAGGAGCUAAGUCAUCCGCAAGGCAAACCAGAAAACUGUGGGAGCAUUCACUGGCGAGCUAUGAAGAUGUUACAGGGAGACCUGGUGGAAAACUUUGUUUCCAAAUACACUUUAUUGCAAACUGGACACUUAUGAAAAACUGUAACUAAUCAAUUACAACAUGACAGUGGAGAAUUUUUUAACCUCUUGUGUGGGGGUAAAUAUGUUCCUGAAUCAUAUUAAAAUAUACUUUUUUGAUUUUU